AUGUCCGACAACCCUCCGACUACCCUAUCAGCCACUCCAGUUGUACCAGGCACCCCCGUACCUAAACCAUCCGAAGCUACCAAAACUUCAACUCCACCCAAGCUCAUAAUGCCAGAUUUAUCAACCCCUCCCAAAAACCAGUCAACCAACAAUUCUCAAAAUUCUAACAUUCAAACCAUGGUAAUCCCUCAAAUAACAUCAGAUACCAACAAUAAUAUAGGAGAGUUGGAAUUGCCACAAUUAAAUGGACCUAGAUUUAGAAAGAACUCUGAUAGGUUAGAGCUGCUUAAAAUGGACCUGCCUGAAGAAGCACCCCCUGAAGAAGAAAGAAUCGACCCAGCCGAAGAGUUGAAGAAAAUUACUGAUUCAGAUUUGCCACCGAUUGAACCAGAUAAACAGUUACGGUGUAUUAUGGAUUGCAUUAUACCACCAAGGUAAGUAGUGGAGUAGUGUUACAUAGUUAUAAAGAGAUCAUACUUUUACCUACCCUAGCUAAUAAUGUCCUACCCUACAGUACUAUAUUUUACCCUACUUUACCCUACCCUGAUUUACCUUACCCUACCUUACUCCGCUCUCCCCUACCCUGCCCUGCUUUACCUUACUCUACUAUACCCUAGCUUGCCAUACUCUACUCUACCCUACUUUACCUUGCCCUACACUUGAUACAUAUAAUCCCAACCUAAUCCUACCGUAAUGUAACCUUAUAUUUCCUAAAAAGAUAUUCAAAUACCAAGAAAAUUCUUUUCAGAUACCGUGACAUGGACGGUAAGAGUUGGAUGGAGCGUGCUUCAACAGUACCAGCCACUCGAUUCGACAUGGUUGGGCUUCAAGAGAAGUUCGAUGCUGAACUCAAAGCUAGACAUGCCAAAUCAUUCGGAAUAUGCCCAAUAAGACGCAAAAUCUACGAUGAGCUGUUUGGUAGGUUGACUUUACCCUACCCAACUCUACCCUAUCCUACCCUACCCUAAGUUACCAUACCCUACCCCGCUUUGCUCUACCCUACCCUACUCUACUCUACUCUACUCAAACUUACCUUAUCCUAUUGUACUAUAUAGUGCCACAUUAUACUAUGUACAAAACAAAAUUUAAUUUUAAAACUUCUAGAUGAAAUAAUCCGCCAAGUAACGAUAAACUGUGCCGAACGAGGUCUAUUAAUGUUGAGAGUAAGAGAUGAAAUCCAUUUGACGAUUCUGUCAUAUCAAAGCCUACUAGAAAGUGCCAUAGCCUACGGAGUACGAAAAGCUAUUGUGGUGGAGCAGGAACAACAUCAAGCAGUUCGAAAUCUAGCUGAUGAACGCAUUUUAAACCAAAGAUUAACUGAGCGGGUAAGGGGGUUUUGAAAUUUAGUUUAAAUUCAGCGUGGGCGGGUGAUUUUGGUGGGAGAGGGAGAACUAGGAAGUGUUAAAAAACUAGAUUUUUUAAAAUAUGAAUAAAAAGCAAAAAAAAAAAUUUUUUUGAAUUUCUGAACUUUCAGAUAGCCGAGUUAGAAAAAACCUUGGCCCAAGAAAAGACUGUGCGAGAAGAAGAGAUCAAGUUAUUGGAACAGACAAUGAAAGACGAAAAUGAACGAUUGAACGAAUCAAACAAGACCUUGAAGGUAUGUUCUUCAACUCUUCCAAUGAUUGGACGUAUUUUACAUUUUUUUAAUUUGCAUUUAAAAAAUCAUAAUUUGGGUAUUAAAUGAGAUUUUAGAAAAACGUACUUUAGGUAUCAAAUUAUAUUUUAAGAACCAAAUUAUAUUUUAGGUAACAAAAUAUUUUUUUUGAUUUCAGAUGCACCUCCAAGCCAUUUUACAAAUGGAUCAACAGCUGAUAACACAACAACAAAGUCUCAGCGAUGCGAUUAAAAACUGA